CUCUGUAAACCUCUGCACAGCCCUUGAUUGAUCUUUUCCAAACAUAGCAAUCAACUUUGAACCAACCAUUUAUGCUAGUACACUGAAGCAAUGCAAUGCUAACCGUUUGAUCUAAAUUAUAGUCCAUCCAACAACGUUGUUACAUUUCUAAUGAGAUGUCUCCAGAGUAGACGCCUGAACUUGUCCCAAGGAAACAUUUCCACUGCUCGCCUCGCCCAAAAUGGAUCGCUUUCGCCAAGCGGCCACUCAAGUGCGCAUCCAGUACCGCGUUCUGAAGCUCACCUACUGGCACUACGAACCGGACAAGGACUUCUACCGGUUGGUGAACAUUUUCCUCUCGCUUUCGGGAGUUUGCUACACUCCGGCCAACAUUUGGGAACGCAUCGCUUGGGGUUGCUAUCAGGCGAUUUCCGUUUGCCACUACUUCCUGACGUUGAUCCAUUUCGUCGAGGCGCUGGUCGAGUGGAAGCACCUGGUGCCCAUCAUCUGGAACUUUGUCGAGUUUUUCAUGAUGUGUACGGCAAUUUGUAAGAGCAAUAUCAUACAACACCACAUGAAGGAGAUUUUGGCCACGCAGAAGUUUGUGAAUAGGAGACAGGCCGCGUCCGGAGAUUCGGAAGAGGAUUCGAAGGCCAGGAAGGUGCUUUUUAAAAUUAUACAGACCUUGCCGGGGACGUUGAUUUGGGUGAUCGGAACGGUUGUUGUUCUGGCUGCCAUUACGAUUGGGCCGGAUGACCCGCUGUUUGGACAGUCGCAGUUUUUUCAUAGACACCUAAGUGGCUGGAAAGCUCGAAUUGUACAUAUCGUCCUCAACUCCGCGCUGUUCCCAAUCUGGGUCGGGAAAACUUACUGCUCUACUAUACUGAUAUCCUGUUUGUUGAUGGGACUGAAAACGGAACUUACGAUUAUGUCACAAAGAUUUAGUGUUCUUUGUGACAAUUUCGAACAUACCAACUUGGAAAAGUUCCAGGAGUCCCUCAUGGUGUGCCUCAGACAGCAAAAUCAAAUUCUAGAUCAAUUGAUUCAACUGCAGUCGUUGGUGCGGUAUGAUUUCCUGGUGGUCUACUAUGGAGGAUUGAUUACCAUCGGAUCGCUUAUUUUUAUUCCCACGACGGACGGUCUGACGAUUGGAAGCUUCAUUCUUACGUUGGGGAUCACGGUGUUUUUCAUCGAAAGCUUCCUCUGGUGCUGGUUGGUGGAAUCGUUCGGAAAUAUUAAUGACACCAUCGAGGAGAAGAUUAUGGACGUGAUUGUGAUGAUCCCUCACGAUGCUACCCGGCACUCGGAGUACAUUCGCCUCCGGACGCAGCUGAUGAUUAUGAAAAUUGGUACCCGAUUCAGCGCCAAGUUCAACUGUGGGGGAGUUUUUGACAUUACCGUUGAAGCUGUUGGGAAGUUGCUGAACAUUACGUAUUCGUUGGUUACAUUCUUGCUGAAUUUCACCUAGAGGGAAUGUUAAAACUAUCGAUAAACAGUGUAGAUGGAUACAAACAAUUUGUAGUGAAAUUAGAUUACAGUUGCUAGUCGAAACCUCAGAACACAUGUUUUAGUCUCCUCUUCGUCUUUUUUGGCAUCUCAAAAGAUUAAGAUUCAGAAGAUGUUUAAAGAUACAAAAAAGAAUUGAACGAAUAGGAAAUUUCCAUUAGCUUACUGUUGAUGUUCUUUCCAAUGGGCCAACUUAUGUGCGUUUUUUUUUUUA